UGCUCUUACAUGAGGUUAAAAGCUAGUUUCAGCUGACUUGGUUACAGUCUGAUAGGAGGCAUCAUGGGGAGAACUGUGGUGCAAAUCACCCUCAUUGGGCUGCUGCUGGCUAUGGUGACCACACUGCCAAACAAGGAUGACUGGGACAUCUACAGCUUUCACAUCAACUCCACAGUGACCAGUCGUUAUGCCACCACUGUCAUCACAAGCCGUGUGGUCAAUCGUAUGGACGAGUCAAAGGAAAUUGAAUUCCAUGUUCGGAUUCCCAAGAAUGCCUUCAUCAGUAAAUUUAGAAUGUUCAUCGAUGGCCAGGUUUAUGACGGUGUUGUGAAAGCUAAGGAACAAGCUCAGCAGCAGUACACUGAAGCUGUGUCCCGUGGAGAAAGUGCUGGGCUUGUCAGUUCUGUAGGGAGGACUCUGGAGGAAUUUAAGACCUCUGUAACUGUGGCUGCUCACAAAAAGGUCACCUUUGAACUCACAUAUGAGGAAUUGAUGAAACGCACACAUGGCAAGUACGAGCUGCAAAUCCACGCUCGACCCAUGCAGCCUGUCAGAGACUUCAAGGUGGAUGUGUACAUUCACGAGGACGCUGGCAUCAGUUUCAUCGAUGUGAAAGGAGGACUAAGCACCAAAGCCCUCGCUAAUGCCAUCACCAAAACACAUGUCGAUAAACAGGCAUGGGUGCAUUUCUAUCCAACAGUUGACCAACAGAAAAUAUGUGACAGCUGUGGAGAGCAAGGUAUGAAUGGAGAUCUGAUUAUUGUUUAUGAUGUCAACAGGGACAACGGACUGGGACACAUCAAGAAAUCUGCUGGGUACUUUGUUCAUCACUUUGCUCCAUCCAAUCUUCCCAGAAUACCAAAAAAUGUUGUCUUUGUUAUUGAUCAAAGUGGCUCAAUGGGUGGCAGAAAAAUACAGCAGACUAGGACUGCAUUAAUCUACAUUUUGAAUGACCUGGCAGAAGAUGACCACUUUGGUCUGAUCACUUUUGAUGGCAACAUUUUUCACUGGAAACAGGAACUUGUUCAGGCCAACAGUAAAAACCUGGAAAGUGCCAAAAACUUUGCACGCAAUAUUAAUGCGAGAGGAUCCACAGACAUAAAUCAAGCAGUGUUGGAAGGAGCAAGUAUGCUGAAUGUGCAUAACAGAGAAGGUUCAGCAUCUAUCCUAAUACUUCUCACAGAUGGAGACCCAACCACAGGGGAGAGGAAUCUGGAAAAAAUACAGUCAAAUGUAAGAGAGGCUAUUGCAGGCAAAUUCCCAUUGUACUGUCUGGGUUUUGGUUUUGAUGUUAAUUUUGAGUUCCUUAAGAAAAUGUCGUUGCAAAAUGACGGUGUGGCACGGCGGAUUUAUGAAGACUCUGAUGCUGAUUUACAGCUGAAGGGUUUCUAUGAAGAGGUGGCUACACCUCUGCUGACAGAUGUGAUGAUGAUCUAUGUGGGCGGGACCAAUCUAACCCAGACUAACUUCAGUCAGUAUUAUAAUGGCUCUGAGAUUGUGGUGGCUGGCCAGAUCACAGACAAUGACAUUGAAACCUUCACCCCUCAAGUUGUGGCCAUUUCAAGUAAAAGAAAAAUCAUAUUCUCUAACCCAAAUGCCACCGUGGAAUCCACUGGGAGAGUGUCUGAUGACCGUAUCCAGAGGGUUUGGGCCUAUCUCACAGUUAAACAGCUUCUGGACAAAGAACUUCAGGUCUCUGGACCUGAGAAAGAAAAAGUGAAGAAGGAGGCUUUAGAGCUUUCGCUGAAGUACAGCUUUGUGACCCCUCUCACAUCUAUGGUGGUCACAAAGCCUCUGGGUGAGACCACCGACGUGCUUCAUAAACCCAAGGAAGGUGAAACACCACAGAGAUGGCAGCCCACUAGAGGUCAACCCCUUUUAACACCACAGAGAGGUCAUGGCUAUAGUGGUCGUUUUGCUGGUCUGACUCCCCGUAGCUUCAGCCCAGUUGGUGGUGCUGCUGUAUUUCCAGCUCCUGCUGGUCACGGCCGGUUCGCAAUGUCCUCAUUUGGUACUGCUGUUCAAUCAACUCAUGUUCCUCUUCUCCACAGGUUUUUGCUAAAAACUGAGAAUCAGACUGUUCCACUUUGCUUUGAUGUCAGAGGAUCUUCAUUCCUUAAACUACUUCACCAUCCCAGCAGGGAGCUGUUUGUGAAUGGUGAGCUUGAUUCAAUUCCAAAGGGAGGCUUCAGCAGAAUUUUUAUACACUUCAAAACCAACCACCAAGUUGAGAUUGACACCAGUGGGGUCACUGUACGAGAAGGACAGAUGAUGACGCAUCACACUGGAGAGAAUCUCAUCACAGCUGGAAGUAUGACAGUGAUUAUGCGCAAAAAGGAAAUAGAUGUUGCAGCUGGAGAUAUGCGCCUGGUCGUCUUAGUUCAUGAGAAGAAUGGCAAGAAAUUACUUUGGCCAGUUGUAAGGCAACAUCCCUCAGCCAGCGACACUGAAGGACUGUUAGCUCUAGAGCCAGCAGUUUAUGAGGAGGUACAGCCAGGUCCUGUCACAAAACUAAAGAUUAAAAACCAAAAUGUAUAUGUUUCCAGUGCCAGUGUUACUGACUACAGCAUUAUCUCUCCUGUCACAAUGAACUGCUGGCACAUGUCUGCUGAGUCUGCCCUGCAGAGACCAUUGGACGAUUUUGUCGUCACACAACUUUAACUGUGAACUGGGUCGAAUUACUUUAAAAUAUUUCAUGUAAAAGAAAAAGAAGGCAAACUGCCUUGUAUAUUCUGAAAAAUGUCCUGCCACCUGUUAUGAAGAUGAACAAAUCCCAGGCCUGAUUCCUGAAUGAGUUUAAUAAACUUUAUUUUAUUAAAAAUAAAAAUGUGCUUGAAAACAA